UCCACCUCGUCUACAGCUCGUGAGGACCUGGACCAAGACUAGACAAGAGACACUGAGCUGACUGAUUGGCUGCGAUGAUUUCCACGCCGCGCGUAAUGACGCUUUAACGGGCUUCUCGGGGUUUUCGGAUGAUGUGCGCAAGCAUCCGAGGUGAAUUUCGAACCAGCUCUCCAUCCCUCGAGGCACCAUGGAGAACCAGAACCUGAAAUCAUCCUGCUCACCUUUCAUGAGCGACGACCUCACGAAAGUUUUCGUGCGUUUUCAAAGAACUCUUCCCUUCUCUAACGACUCUUAACCAAUAUCCGGUGUUUUUAUUGACGUCCCUUGCGCACAUUUGAGAGUAUCCGCUUCUAGACAUGCAGAGCCGCGGUGUGCCGCGGAGCUGGGCAGGUCUGUCCGCGGCGCGCUCCUGCUUGCUGCUUCUCUUGAUCCACAUGAGCGCACACGUGGUGGCGAGGGGCCCACACGGCGGGCGGGCGCAGAGUCGGCGAGCGCAGCAGCAGCUUCUGGCGCAACAGGAGCGGGUGGAUGGAGCAGAGAGCUUCCCGUUAGACUUCACGGCGUUGGAGGGCAACAUGGACAACUUCAUGGUACAGAUAAAUAACUUGGCGCAGUCGCUGUACCCAUGCUCUGCGCAGAAGCUGGAGCAAGACAUGAAGCUGCACUUUUUGAAGAAUGUAACCGUGACUUGCAACGACGGGUCAUCAGCAGGGUACUACAUCAAGGAGUCUAAAGGCAGCAAGAGGUGGCUGCUGUUCUUAGAAGGUGGAUGGUACUGUUUUAACAGGCAGACCUGUGACAGCAGGUAUGAGACGAUGAGAAGACUGAUGAGCUCCACCAUGUGGCCGCAAACCAAAACAGGAACAGGAAUCCUGUCACCUCAGCCGGAGGAAAACCCUCACUGGUGGAACGCCAACGUGGUCUUCAUCCCGUACUGCUCCAGUGACGUGUGGAGCGGAGCCACACGGAAGACCAAUCACAGUCAUUAUGCGUUCAUGGGGUCUCUGAUCAUUCGGGAGGUGGUGAAUGAGCUGCUGACCAAAGGUCUGGACAACGCGAAGGUUCUGCUUCUGGCAGGAAGCAGUGCGGGCGGUACAGGUGUGCUGCUGAACUUGGACCACGUUGCGGAGCAGCUGGAGUCGCAGGGCCACCGUGGGGUGCAGGUCAGGGGCCUGGUUGACUCCGGGUGGUUCCUAGACAACAAACAGUACAAGUUCACGGACUGCCUGGACACCAUCAGUUGUGCGCCCACUGAGGCCAUAAAGAGAGGCAUCAGGUACUGGGGCGGUUUGGUGCCAGAGAGCUGCAGACAGGCCCACGUGGGAGAGGAGUGGAACUGCUUCUUUGGAUAUAAAGUCUUCCCCACGUUAAAAAGCCCGGUGUUUGUGGUGCAGUGGCUAUUUGACGAGGCCCAGCUGACGGCUGACAAUGUCCACCUGACCGGGCAGCCUGUCAACGAGGGCCAGUGGAGAUACAUACAGAACCUGGGACAGGAGCUGAGGAGCACGCUACGCGAAGUACCGGCGAUGUUUUCUCCGGCCUGUCUGUCACACGAGCUCAUUACUAGAACCUACUGGACGGACGUUCAGGUGAAAGGCACCUCUCUGCCCAGAGCGCUUCACUGCUGGGACCGAAGCCUCCAAGACAGCAACCACGUCAACGGCAGCAAACACAGGCUCCGACCUCACAGGACGCCCCCGGCCAGGGGUUGCCCGCUGCAUUUGAUGGACAGCUGCCCGUGGCCUCACUGCAAUCCCUCCUGCCCCACUAUUCGUGACCAGCUGACAGGACAGGAGAUGAGCGUCAUCCAGUUCCUGAAGCACAUGGGCUUUGACGUGCAGAAGAUGGCCCAGCAGCAGGGGAUGGACCCCAAGGAGCUGCUGGGCAUGCUCAGUAACGGGAGUUGAGGGGCUUUUUCAUAGGUGUAGAAAGGUUAGCGUGGGGUCACUGGGGGGGUUCUUGCUGGAGUGAGAUGCUAAACAUCGAGAACAGCAGGGGCAUGAACGUUGAACUCUUUAGAGAAAACUGCCAAUACUUCCAAAUCUGGUCUCAAACAGCAUAAGUGCCCGAGGAGUCCGGUAGAAUAAAUCAGAAUGUUGUUAAGCUAUUUAAACAUAUGGGCUCACUUGUUUUAACACAGAUAUGUUCUGAAGACAAGGCAAUUAAUGUGGUGUACACUAAGACAAAGAGAGGGGGUUACGAUGUUUGUAGUACACCCACUUUGUUUGUGAAGAGUUGACAAAUCCCCACCAGAGAAAUACACCUGCGGUGCUGCUGUUUCCAACCUCAUUCAAAUAUGCUGCUUUUCUUAUUUUGGAAAAAAAGGUACAAAUAUUAAGAUUAUUACAUUGAUCUUCAGGGUACUUAAAAGUGAAAAAAUAUAUAUUUUUCUACUGAGAAUAUCUUGUAUAUUGUAUCUUCCUAUCAGAUUCAUUUACCUACUGUAACAGUAUCUCCAUACAUUUUACUUUUGUAUUUGCAUGUUUACUUGAUAUAUUGUAA